AUGGGUGAAGAUGAAAUAGUGGAAAAGGAUUUGAUGGAAAGGAAGCAGACUAAGAAGCAGCUCCUAAAUGAUCCCUAUCCAGAAUUACCUGAUUACAUCAAACUGUCUUAUCCUAUAAUUAAGAAGAAACCAUUAAAGGAAGAUGAGGCAUUGCUAAAGGGUGCAAAGCAGAAGUUGGUCAAAAAACAUGUGAACAUGACAGAGAAAGAUGAGAUGACAGUGCCUCAAGCAUUGCCGCCAAAGAUGAAGGAUCCAGGAAAGUUCACCAUUGCUUGUACCAUUGGUGGAAUACUGAUCCCACACGCUUUAUGUGAUUUAGGGUCUAGUAUCAAUGUCAUGCCACUCAAUAAGUUUAAAGAAUUGAAACUGGGAGAGAUCAUACCGAGUAACACGACUCUCACUUUAGCCGAUUCACUUGUUACUCAUCCGCUUGGUAUCAUACAAUAUGUGUUAGUGCCUGUCGAUGGUUUAGUCUUUACUGCAUAUUUUUUGGUAAUUGACAUGAAAGGAGAUUUAAGAGGGUUAAUUAUUCUAGUAUUACCAUUCUUGGUAACUGGGAAAGUUGUAUUAGAUGUGGAAACAUGUGAACUUGUCUUGAAGUUCAACAAGGAGAAAAUGGUAUUUAAUUUGUAUGAAUGGACACCGUAUGUGGAGGACCUAGAUACAUGA